AUGAGGAAAUUUUUCAUGCUACUAGCUCUAUUAGUCAUGGUGGAAAGUGGACUUGGAUUAUCUAUCGAUCCAGAGGCAUCUGCAGACUUGGAACAAUACAUAAAAGAUGAUUUUACAAUCUCAAUGCGUCACAUUCGACCACGAAAAAAGGCAAAAAUAUCAAUCGAAGCCCUUUUCAUGAUUGACUUUCCCGGUGCGAAGAAUAAAUUCUCGUUCUAUCUCGAUCGCAAGUCGAAACGAGUUACAAUUGACAUCAACUCAAAUUCGCAAAUCUUUUCUAAACAUCUCGAAGCUCCGAGCCUAAAUGAAACGACCACAAUUCGUUCGCUUGCAUUCAGCUUUUCUGGGAACUCAAUCAGGUUGUUUAUUGACUGUAAAGAAGUUUAUUCCGAUGAAAUGGAGUUUAAUCUCUCUAAGUUGUAUCUAAACUUGGAUGAACCUGAAAUCAAAAUUCUACGUGAACGGAAAUAUCCAUUAUAUCUUGAUCGUAAUGUUGAGAGUGCUCUCAUUCGUGCCAAUUGCCAAAAAUCAGGGAAGCAGAAAGGUAAUCGAAAAAUGGUCAAGGAUAAUGAAAUUCAUGGAUACUACAACGACCAAGAAAUAAACAAGAAGCAACGUGGCAGACGGGAUCACAGAAAUAAUCGUGCAAAUCAAUACAAUACCUUAGCACGUCGUGGUGAUAUUUCUGUUAUUCAUGGUGAUUGUGAUGAUAACUUAUUAAAAGGAAUGAACGAUUUAAUUGCUCUCGUAAAGAAGCUUGAAAAGGAUAUAUCGAAUCAACAUAGUGAUAUUCGACGACUACAAUCGCUAAUUGAAAAUUGUGCAGCAUGUUAA